AUUUGAGAAGUCUAAGAGACCUAUUGUCCUUCCUUCUGCUUUUUACAUUCUGAGAAUUGGCAUCGUGUCGACCAUUGGCAAAUCCUCACCUGGGAGAGAAGUUCACAAUCACUAUCAUUCAUCAUGGGUCUCGGAGUCUUAGAAGACACCAAGUUGGUGCCUGUCCCAGGUACUGCGACUUUGGACGAUCUUUUGGGAAGAACCACCGCAGUCGAUGUCGAGGGUGGAGCGCCUCUCAAACGUGCGCCUGGCAGCAACAUCAUCCUCGUCCCACAACCUAGCGACAGCCCAGACGACCCGCUGAACUGGCCACUAUGGCGUCGCGACAUGAUCACAUUCUUCCUUUGCUUGCUCUCCGUCUUGGCAUCAACACUCUCACCGCUGCUAGCGGCCAACACCCUCACACUCCUGGUUUACUACAAGGGCCAGCACAGCAUCACCGACAUGGCUCUCUUGACGGGUUACCAUCUUUUGGGUGUCGGCAUCUCCGGAUUCUUCGUUGUUCCUCUGGCGCGAGUCUGGGGCAAGCGAUGGUUGAUCCUGCUCGGUACUCUGAUCAUCAUCAUCAGCUCCAUCUGGGGUGGUUUGAGCGGCGAGAACUACAACUCGCUCGUGGCGGCUCGCUUCUUCCAGGGUAUUGGUCUGGCACCUUUUGAAGGUCUCGUCAACGUCAUGGUUGGUGAGCUGUACUUCGUGCACGAGAGCGGUGUCCGUAUGGCUUUGUCCAACCUGUGCCUAUUCGGUGGUGCCUUUUUCACCCCCGUUAUUGUCGGAAAGUCUACCGCCUCCCUCGGCUGGCAAUGGACAUUCUACCUCGUCGCCAUCUUCACCGCGGCUAUCUUCCCCUUGGUCUACCUCUUCUGCCCGGAGACGACUUUCGACCGUGAAAAGGCCGCCAUCGCCAGCUAUGCCUUUGACGCCGACUCCACCAACUCUCAGACCAACAAUGUCGUCAACACCGACAAGCACACCGAAGCCGUCCGCGCCAUGAGCAAGCAAUCUCAGGAGACCAAGGAGAAAUCCACCGAAUCCGUUGACCGCGCCGCCAUCGCCAGCGCUUCCGCCGAACCUCACCCCUACCCCGCCCCAGGCGCCGCCCAGCAAAAGCUAAUCACCCGCAAGACCCUCGCCCUCUUCAGCGGCCGCCACGACCAGACCAACAUCAUCAAACUCGCCCUCCGACCCCUCCCGCUCUUCUUCCAACCCGCCUUCCUCUGGGCCUCACUCAUCCAAGGCGCCAUGAUCGCCUGGGUCGCGAUGCUCGGAGUCUCCCUCGCACUCUUCACCAUCAACCUCGGCUUCACCGAAGUCGAAACGGGCUACAUGUACGCUGGAGCCUUCAUCGGCGCCAUCGUCGCCUUCGGAAUGGCGGGUCUCAUCUCCGACUCGACCGCCCGCUUCAUGACCAAGCGCAACAACGGCGUCUUCGAGCCCGAAUUCCGCAUGGUCCUCGUCAUCCCCAUGGCCCUCUUCGGCAUCGGCGGCCUCUUCGGAUACGGCGUCAUCGCGGCCAACCCGGCUUACGGCUGGCUCCCGCUCGAUGUCUUCUUCGGAUUCGUCGUCGGUGGGAUGACCCUUGGUGCCAUAGCCGCGGCGCAGUACAUCGUCGAUGGAUACAGAGAGCUCGCCAUCGAGGGUCUGACCUGCCUCGUCCUGUUCAAGAACUUGAUCUCUUUCGGAAUCACGUACAAGGGCUUCGACUGGUUGAGGGAGCUUUCCGCCCGCCCGAUGUUUUUCCUGUUCGCGUAUGUCCAGAUUGGAAUCUGUGUCUCGACGAUCCCGAUGUACAUCUACGGCAAACAAAUCCGCUCCUUCUUCGCGCGCCACGACAUCUUGAAAAUGUUGUGGCUGCGAUAGAUCGAAUCGGCGAGAGGUUUUUGCAUUCGUCUAGAUUUCUUCAUUUACGGCAUUUGCGCGGAAAG